AUGCGAGCUGUGAUGGAUCUGGAAACGGAGAACAGAAUAGCUGCAAUGCUUCUCAGAGAAGCUGCAGAAUUGAGGCGGCAAGCUGAGAAAGAAGACGUCCGUGCUUAUCUUGAGAAACCUACUGUUAGGGCUCGGCCGAACUCACGAUUCCUUACUGCAACUGUUCUUGGAGUACAGCAAGCAGUUCCGGUGAUUGUGAUAGUGGUUUCAGUUGUAAGCUGUAUUCUGGUGUUGAUUGUUGGUGGAGCUAUUGGGGGUUAUAUAUGGAAGCACAGACACAUAGAGAAGAAACGAAGAGGUUCUGAGGAUGUGCAGAAAAUGGUGAAGACCCUGAAUGACAGCAGUUUGAAUUUCAAGUACUCCACUCUUGAAAAGGCCACAGGAUGUUUUGAUGAAGCCAACAAGCUUGGACAGGGAGGGUUUGGCUCAGUUUACAAGGGAGUUUUGGCUGAUGGAAGAGAGAUAGCUGUGAAGAGGCCGGAAGUUCGGUGGCCGGAAUUCCAGCUUCAGAUUGUGAACUUGGGAGUCGAAGCGAGGUUGCAGAAUGUCUCGGGUUUCUGGUUCUUGGGCAUUGGACUCUACAGAUAUCGACGAUUACUGCUUGAUUUCGGUCAAUCGGGAGCUAUGGUGGAAGCAAAAUUAAUACUCGUCGAAGUUCAGAGGACCUUCGAAGAGCUGCACCUCGAAUAUAAGCCCUACCCUGGUGCUAUUGCUACUUUGAACAAGUUGGCAACAAAUGGUGCGAAAAUGGUGAUCAUUCAUAAGCAACUCCUCACGUCGUGCGUCAGUUACUAUGGACAAGAUGAAGGCACUGGGAUUAAGACACAUCUCUCUUUGGCCUUUGCUGGAGUCAUCACUAGUGGAGAGUUGACAUAUCAACACCUGCAAAGGUUGGCCAUAAGUUACGUUUCGAUCCCUUUGGUUGUCAAAGCAAUUGGUUUGGAAUAUGAAUCACGAUCAAUGCGACUUGAUGAUUUGUAA